UUAGUAUCUUUGUGUAAAGUUUCUGACUUGUGUUAUCCCUCUCUCUCUCUGUCACAUCAAUAAGUAAUCUCGAGAAACAAACUUGUUUGACCAGUUUCUAAUCCAUGUGGAAAACAAACAAAAAAUGUCCAAUGUAUAUAAGGGGAUAUUCAUAUGUCUGAUUCUUAUUGGAUUUAUUGACAGCAGUGGUUCUAGUAAUACUGUAUUGGGCAAUAACACCAGCAGCUCCCAAAGUUCAACCAAUAACAAUGCUCAAAAAAUUCCAGACCCCGCCAUACAGUUCAAUCCAUUCUUGUUUGCGAACACCUUGAUGACGCAGAUGAUUCCUAUGUUUAGCCCCUUUCUGUAUCCUAGCUCACCUAAGUGCGCUGAACACAGAGGGCGUGUCUUUGAAGGCAUCAUUCAACAAAAGAUAUGGGCCAUGAAAUUUGUUGACUCCUUCGGCAAACUUGGUAGUGGGAUUUUUCAAGGCAACACAAUCAUCAUGGGCAACUAUGAUCUCUGUUUGUCUGCGGAUGACGGAAACGGAACGAGCGGCUCAUUUAUUGAGCUCAAGUUCCUCGCGCCGGUUCCAGUGACCACGCUAAUUACAUCCGGCUUUGCUAACCAACAGAACGGCUUGCCAUUUCUGUACUGGCACAUUUGUCUGCCAACCCAGUGCAACAAAGCCGAUGCUGAAAGUAUAGGGACAAAGUUUGCUGAUGAGUCCGGUAUCACUUUAGUUGAGACCCUGAUCCAUGAAAGCAAAUCUCCCACAGAAGACACUUGCUUUAUCAUCGCCGUGAUUAUCUUAAGCGUGUUGGGUGCUUUUUGCCUGGCUGGGACAGUCAUCGAUGUUUUCACCAAAGACGAAGAAGAGGAGGUAGCGAGAGGCGAAGAUGUGACGGUUGGAGCGUCAGGCUUGAACGCCGAGCAGGAACCCCAGAGUCAUAACGAAAGCGUCAUUGUGACUGGCAUUCGCGUCAUCCCCGGAAACCAAAACGAGGCUCUGACUCCGCCCACUGUAGGACAGCAUGUUCUGCCAAGAAGAACUUCCGAGAUCUUAAAAACAGAAAAGAGUAACAAUGUCUCGGGUCAACCAGCAGACGUGACUGUAGAUGCGGUAGAUGCCAACUCGGAUAUUUCUAACGGAUCCACGUUCAUCGAUAGGAGCUCACUCACCAGCAGACGAUCAUCUCUAACUUGGAGAAGAAGUAAUGAGCUUGGUGUGCUGGGACGUUCUCUCCUAGCCUUCUCCUUGCCCACAAAUCUGAGGGACAUCUUGAAUGCCAAACAUUCGCCAGGUGACAUUACGUGUCUUCACGGCAUCAGAGUGCUGACCAUCAGUUGGGUCAUUCUCGGACACUGUUACUAUCAGGCACCAUACUAUAUCAACCAAACAACAUUACUUGAUAUGUCUAGGUGGUGGACAUUCCAGGGUAUUCUGAAUGCUCCAUUCGCUGUGGAUACAUUUUUUAUGUUGAGCGGAUGUUUGGUCGCCUUCUUGUUUCUCCGCACGACACAGAAGGCCGGAAAACUGACAGUCCAAAACAUGGUUCUGUAUUAUGUGCACAGAUUUUUAAGACUGACGCCCAUGUACGCCCUGAUCAUACUCUGCUACACUGGUAUUGCACCGUACAUGGAGAGUGGACCUUUCGUCAAGGUUAACAGCGACAGAGACGUAUCGUGCAGGAAAACUUGGUGGAGGAAUAUUGUGUACAUUUCAAACUUUAUUUCAGACGAUGGAAUGUGUAUGGUGUGGUCCUGGUAUCUUGCUAAUGACAUGCAGUUCUAUGUGGUGGCUCCGCUUGCUUUGGUACCAAUCGCCUUAGGUUACUUGUAUCCAGGAGUUGUGGUAGCACUUCUGAUGCUGGCAUGUCACAUCGUCAGUUACGCUGUUAUAGACGAUAAAUAUCAUGCGGCUGCUUUAUACAGGAACGCUGGGGACUACAUGGCAAAACUGUAUUUAAAACCUUGGUCAAGAGUCGGCCCAUAUGCCGUGGGACUACUUCUCGGAGUAAUACUUUAUAAAAGGCAGAAAAAUCAGAAAAUUAACAAAAAUGUUGCGACCCUAGGAUGGCUAUUAGCUACAGGAGGUGGUCUUACACUGAUGUAUGCUACAUACGACAACUUUAGAGACGGCGGUUUCAUUGCUCCCGCAUGGGGUGAAAUGUCCACCAUCGCUCAUGAAACACUGAAGAGUCCGGUCUGGGGAAUGUGCGUUGGAUGGGUUGUCUUCGCUUGCUUUUCAAACUGCGGAGGAUUCAUCGACUCCUUCCUGUCAUGGCAGGGGUGGAUCCCACUGUCCAAGUUGACGUUUGGUGCUUACCUGGUCCACUUGAUCAUCAUGAUGUUCUUCAACAACAACGCCCAAGUCCUCAACUACUUCAGCUACUUCUUUGUGAUUGAACGAUUUCUUGCCGUGUUUGUUUUAUCCUACGGGCUGUCUUUAGUCUUCUCCCUGCUGAUAGAAACUCCAGUUAGAAACCUGAUCAAGCCACCCGGCAAAAAGAAACACGUCAAGGCAGCGAAGCCUGGCUCUACCAAACGUGACAUUGACCCAGAUUUAGAAGUCCGAGGUAUAAAUCCAGAAGAGCAAGUGAUCCAAACAUCCGGGCGUAAACCUGAAAAUGACGUCACAGAUGGGAGGUUUUACAAGACAAAGAUGUAUUUACCACACUUUGAGCAUCAUCAGAACAGAGCCUACGUGCCUGAUGAGAACGAAUACGAGUCAGCGGACAAUAUAGGUCAACCCCAGAAACUUGUAUCACGCUGGAAGUAGGACUAGUGGCUAGGACUGAAAGUUUGGAUCAGUUGAUGUCAGAAAGUAACAAAAAAAGAUAUGUAACUAUUUCAAAUAAGUGUUUUCUUUUCGCCAAUAAAGAGGAGGCGCUUUAAUACGUCUGCUUUUGAGGUACAAGACUUCGAAGCAUCUUUCAUAAAACAAAAUAAAACACAGGACUAUAUGUGUGACGUCAGAACGCUGCCUGCUGCUUGUUUGAUUUCGCGCGAUGACACUACUGUUUAAGAAUAUAUUUAUUUUUCAUUUUAACAUUUAGAAUCAAAGCAGAUAGACCUGGGUUUUUCUUAAAAUAGCAAGUAGAUUUACCAGCUAAGUCAUUGGACAUUUUUUGUUUGUUUUAACAUUGAGGUAAAUCCAUAAAUAGCGAGCUUCUUGGAGUAACCGGUGUACAGAAUAUGGACGUAUGUGAAGUAGCCAUUUAAUUUUUUGUUUGUUUGAUCACAUUUCUAAGCUAACACCUACACUUUUACUUUGUAUCAUUCAUUUAGAAACAAUAUUCUUUUCAUUAGUGUAUUUGACGUUUUAAAUUGUCUAUUUUAUAUCUCUUAAUAAACAUGUUUGAAUAUUA